CCCAUCUGGCAAGGUUGUUGUAGCGACAAGUUUGUAUUGUUUUUCGUGCUGUCAGUAGUUUUAUUACUAAUAGUAAGCCAUUUUUAAGGUUUAAAUAAGUCUCAAUUAAAAAGUUAUGUCGUUAUUAACAAAGAAUAAUGCAAAUCAGCACUGCCGUACUUGUUUAAAAAGGCUCGGUGCUAAUACAGACUGUUUUUCUGGUAAUGUUGAUCAAGACGAUAUACCGGAUAGCAAGGAGCUGCAAUUUAACAUUUAUAGCGAUCCUGAGCUGCAACAACUCAUAUAUAUGUAUAUAGAUGGUCCCAGCAGAAGUAACACGGCAAAUGUUGUUGAUAAUGAAUUGCCAGCACACAUAUGCCUCGCUUGCUACAGUUUGCUCAACAACUUUGCAUUAUUCCGUAAAAGGGCUCAACAGAACGCCGAAAAAUUACGCACUGUUCUUAAUUGUAGUAGUGGCAUGAUAAAAGUUGAAAUCAACUAUGACGAAGAUGAAAAUCAAUUUAUGGAAAAAAGAGAACGUGUGGAAAACUUGGUUCAGGAUUGCAAAUUGCAAUUUAGGGAUGCGCUUAUGGAAGACGAGCAAGUUUUUUUCGAUACAUCGGUAGCAAACUUAGCAGACACAGAACUAAAUGAUGAGAUGGCAGAUCCUUUUGCACCUGCAUUGCAAACGGCUGUCGAUUGUGACAGUAAAACAGUUGCUGGAAAGGAGGACGACAUUAAGAAAGAAGAGCCUACAUUAGAUAACAACGAAAAGUAUAAAUGUACACACUGCACACAGACGUAUGCUUUCAAUUCAGAAUUGCAAGCACAUAUGCGGGAAGCGCACGAUAAUAAGUUGCCGUUUACGUGUAGUCAUUGCGACAAAGCCUACAGAUAUAUUCGCAGUCUACAGGAACAUAUGAAGCAAAAACAUCAAACAGUACUAAAUCCAGACGCCCAGUUUAAGUGCAAUGUGUGCCCAAAGGCAUUCACAACAGAUUUGUCACUAAAAAAACAUAUGUGUUUUCAUAUUAAAGAAGAUAUGUCUCGUGUUUGUGGAAUUUGUGGUAAACGAUUUCCGGUAAAAAAUUUGCUAGUGGAUCAUUUACGCACACAUUCGACAGAUGGCAGAAUACCUUGUGGUCAGUGCGAUAAAAGUUUUAUGUGGUAUCAAGAUCUAUUGAAUCAUGAACUUUCGGCACAUCUGAAAGAGAAACCGUUUCCCUGUAAACUUUGUGAUAAAUCAUUUCAAACGCAAAAGUCUCUACGCUUCCACAAUUACAGACAUUCUGGAGAAAAACCAUACCUUUGUGACGUUUGUGGAAAGGACUUCCGUCAACCAACGGCUAUGAAACAACACCGGCUGAAACAUUUUAAAGAUGAUACGGUUGAAAAAAAGCUAGAUGCUUGAUUUUAUAAGUAUAUAUGUUGUAAUCUCUAAAAGUAUUUUAAUCCUAGAAAAUGAUGUAAUGAAGCGCAUCAAUAUUUUAAUAAUUUUAUGCUACAUAGUAAGUAUAUAUAGGGA